AUGGAAUUCAGUGAACCAUCAGAGAAUGCUGGACCCGAAUUCGACCAGACAUCCUACAGAGUGCAGAUAUUCCCCGAUUCCUGGCCACAACCCGGCUACCCAUUUGCUGUCAUCUCGUCGCAUUCAUCACCUGUCUCCAACGUCACCUAUUCUUUAUUCACACCGGACAAUGAAAAGUCGUUUGCUGUUGAUCCCAAUACCGGUGAGUUGUUCCUGACGUCAUCGGUACCACCAGGUGAUGAAUUUUGCACGCUGCUAGUGGCUAAAAACGCAGAAGGUCAACAGUCUGCCGUGCCAGUAGCCAUCAACACUGGUGGACCACGUCGAGACUGCAUCAACUUUGACACCACAUAUCUAUCACCUUCGGUAUACCAUGGACCUCAUCGAGGAUCAGUUGGUCAGUGGACAACGAUAGGGCCCACAACAAGCACUGAAACUGAGGGACCAGGUACCUUCACCGAUCCACCCGCCAACACACCUGAAACCCCGACAACGGCAAUUCGUAGAACAACACCGUCGACUGCUGGUGGGGGAAGCGAAGGACUCCCUACCCGUCCUCCAGUAUUUCCGCCAGGGUCACAAGUGGGAACGUCGACAGCCAUCACGGAGGAACCCAGCUCUUCAACUUUCAUAGAAACUUCGGAGACUGAGCCAACUGCCACAAGCAUGGGAAUAGUUGAAAGCACUACAGAAGAGGUCUCGAAGGAGACAAUUGCCGUAACAGAUACCUCUCCAGGAAUUCCCGAACCCACUCAACCAUUGCCAGUUUCCCCAGACGCAUCACCCAUGACUGUGACGCAGGUUGGAACAGCUGUGACAGAACCUACAGAGUUCGUAGUGACGAUAACUCCUGACUCUCAUCCGCCUGAACUUACAGCAGUACCAACAAAUGAAGAAAGCUUCCCCACUCCAGUGCCUUCUGUAAUCUCCACACCCUCCACAGAACUACCUGAAGUCUCGCCCACUUGGGAGGGUACCACGUCCAGCGAUAUUCCUAUAAUGGCCACUACUGAGGAAUAUAUCAUUGUGUCACCUGAUUCUUCACCAGAAACAUUUGGUCCCGUAACUGAUGAAGUUACAGAAUCCCCUGAGCCUGUUACCUCCACAGAAUCGACACACACAGAAUCGAAACGAACCAUAAAUCCCGAGGAAGGGACAAAUGAACCGCAGUGGCCGACAGUGCUGCCUCCAGUAUGGACGCCAGUAGGUGGCGGCGCUACGUUGGCUACCUACGAGACAACUCCUCGGCCGUCAAAAACCACCCUCGAUCCGUAUUACGGGAUGGCAUGCUCGAAGCGUGGCCAACCUAUUUGGGACCUCAUUUGUGAGCUAAGUAAAGCGACCAUCAGGAAACCUUGA